AUGAUUCGUAUUGCAGCUCGUCACAACUACAACAUUCAUCAUAGAUCAUUGAGCGAUGCUACAUCGUACUAUUGUAGAGACACAAACACCAUUUAUGACAUCAGCCAAUCAUGCGAGAUUGAUCACAAGAAGCAUGUAUCAUUUGAGAAUGAUAAUAGAACAGUAGUCGAAGAAGAGGAUAAAGACAAGGGGGGCCACAAUUAUAUCUCGACCUUGCUUGAGUACUUGGACGAUUUAUACUCUAAAUACUCAUUUGCCAUUGUAUUGGAGAACAAGGGAAAUACAGCCAGAGAUCAUUUAGCAAAUGAAAGAACCUACCUUGCUUGGUUUAGAACAUCCCUAUCACUGAUUACGCUGGGGAUUGGCAUUAUACAGGUGUAUCAUGUGUCCUCGGCAAAUCACAAAAGACUAGGCAGAGCAUUGGGCUUGAUCUUUGUGAUGGCCAGCAUUUUGUUUCUUUAUUUUGGUAACGUUAGGUAUUUUCAUGCGCAAUGGGCAUUGCAGCACGGCAAUUUUCCUGCUAGUAGAGGUGUUAUUACAUGGGCCUCUUUCUGUGUGUUGUUUCUAUUUGUGGGCAUGUUUACCGUCAUGGUGCUUGAAUCCAAUCUAUGA